AUGGGCCCCUGUACCGCCUCCUCAUGCUGCUGCCAGGCCCGUAAUCUGCCAUGGGCCCCCGUACCGACUCCUCAUGCUGCUGCCAGGCCCGUAAUCUGUCAUGGGCCCCUGUACCGCCUCCUCAUGCUGCUGCCAGGUCCAGAGUGUGUCAUGGGUCCCUGUACGGCCUCCCAUUGCUGCUGUCUCCAUCGCCACACUCUGCCAUGUGCCACUUUCAGGUCUCCUCACACUGCUGGUGGGUUCCAUUUUGUCAUAGGGUGCUGUAUGGCCUCCCAUUGCUGCUGCCUCCACCGCCACACUGUGGCUCCACACUCUGGUUUUGGCCCCGUGACUGCCCAAAUGAGUGAAGUGUGCGGUGAUUCUAAGAUCGACGGCACUCAUCUGCAUGUCAUACUGACUGACAGUAUUAUUUCUCUUCCCCAGCAGACUCCAAGGGCAUUUAAAUUAAAGGUACAGUGUUCUGCACUAAUA